GCCAUCUCUUUCUCUCUGCCAUUUCUUCCACCGAGAAAACACCAAUCCUAGUUAAGUCCCUCCAAUUCAUUGGCCCCUAUUCCUCCACUUUCAUCAUCUCCAUAAUCUCUCUGCUACCUCCAUAACUAAGCUUUUCUUUUCUUUUCUUUUCUUUUCUUUUUUUUGUUAUGUGCAAUAUUGGUUCCACCGCAAGGUGCCUUUCAAUCUUUUCUGAGUCUUGCACUACUUUCUUGGAUAGAAAGACAUGAGCAGAGAGAAGGGUAAUGGACAAAGUAGUAGUUGUUUUCUCUCUUUAACCCAUUUCUUUGUUGUUACUUUCUUCAAAUUGAGUGUAUUAUUAUUAUUCUUGCAACCCAUUUCUUGCCAAAAUGUUCAAAGCUACAAUAACAGUCCAGCCACGAAGGAGCUCUUCAAUCAGCUGGUUUUUAAUAGUUUCUCGAAUUUCACCUCUGUCUUCAAGAAAGACAUCACCAAAUACUUUGGUUUCUGCAUAACGGACGUGGAUUCAGAUUGGAAUAUGGCAUUCAAUUUCUCUAAAAGAAGUGAAUUCAUUACCAACUGUGCCAGGAAAACCAAAGGAGACUUGACACAGCGAAUAUGCACAGCGGCAGAAGUGAAAUUCUACUUCAAUAGUUUCUUUUCAAAAGGAUCAAAGAGUACCCAUUAUCUGCAACCUAAUAAGAACUGUAAUUUGAGCUCAUGGGUUUCUGGAUGCGAGCCAGGAUGGGCUUGUAGUGUUGGUCGUGGUCAAAAGAUUGACCUGAAAAAUUCAGAAACUAUGCCUAGUAGAACUAAUGAUUGUGAACCUUGUUGUGAGGGGUUCUUCUGCCCUCAUGGAAUUACAUGCAUGAUACCAUGCCCACUGGGUGCUUACUGCCCACUUGCAACAUUGAAUAAAACCACUGGUGCAUGUGACCCAUACAAUUACCAACCACCUGCCGGGAAGCCAAAUCAUACUUGCGGGGGAGCAGAUAUUUGGGCUGAUAUUUUGAGUAGUAGAGAGAUCUUUUGUCCAAAAGGAUCAUAUUGUCCAUCCACAAUCGAGAAACUUCCUUGCAGUAGUGGAUAUUACUGCAGGACUGGUUCUACAAAACAAGCAGGAUGUUUUCGGUUGGCAACUUGUAAACCAAAAUCAUCAAAUCAAAAUAUCACUGCAUAUGGCAUCUUGGUUUUUGUCGGAUUGAGUUUUCUGUUCAUCAUUAUUUAUAACUGUUCUGAUCAAGUUCUUGCAACCCGAGAGAAAAGACAAGCAAGAACUAGGGAGAAAGCAGUUCAAAGUGUGAGAGAAACAGCGCAAGCACGUGAAAAAUGGAAAUCUGCAAAAGAUGUUGCCAAGAAGCACGCAAUUGGAUUGCAAACUCAAUUAUCACGUACAUUUUCUCGCGCAAAAUCUAAAAGACAAGCAGAUCUAGUAAAAAGUACCGGUCAAGCUAAACCUGGAACAGAUGCUGCCUUAGCACCUAUGCCUGGAGAUACCUCAUCUGCACCAACAAAAGGAAAGAAAAAGGACAAAAGUAACCUUACAAAGAUGCUGCACGAAAUUGAAGCUAACCCUGAGAGUCAUGAAGGCUUCAAUCUGGAGAUUGGAGAUAAAAAUAUCAAAAAGCAUGCACCGAGGGGUAAGCAGUUGCACACUCAGAGCCAAAUGUUCAGGUAUGCAUAUGGACAGAUUGAGAAGGAAAAGGCUAUGCAGGAGCAGAAUAAGAACUUGACCUUCUCUGGGGUCAUUUCAAUGGCUGGUGAUAUUGAAAUCAGGAAAAGACCCAUGAUUGAGAUUAGUUUUAAAGACCUAACUAUCACUUUGAAACAUAAACGCAGACAUCUGCUAAGGUGUGUGACUGGGAAAUUAUCACCUGGACGAGUUUCUGCUGUCAUGGGCCCAUCUGGGGCUGGAAAAACAACAUUUCUUUCUGCUUUGACUGGAAAAGCAAGAAGGUGCCAUGUGUCUGGUAUGGUUCUUGUAAAUGGCAAGGCAGAGCCAAUCCAAGCAUACAAGAAAAUCAUUGGUUUUGUGCCUCAAGAUGAUAUUGUGCAUGGAAACUUGACAGUGGAGGAGAAUCUUUGGUUCAGCGCAAGAUGCAGACUCUCUGCUGAUCUACCAAAACCAGAAAAAGUUCUAGUUGUUGAAAGAGUCAUCGAGUCCUUAGGGCUGCAGGCAGUGCGGGAUUCUCUAGUUGGGACAGUGGAGAAGAGAGGAAUUUCUGGAGGUCAAAGAAAACGAGUAAAUGUUGGGCUUGAAAUGGUUAUGGAACCUUCACUUCUGAUAUUAGAUGAACCCACAUCUGGUUUGGACAGCUCAUCUUCGCUUUUGCUGCUUAGAGCUCUUCGACGUGAAGCACUUGAAGGAGUAAAUAUUUGCAUGGUUGUCCACCAACCAAGCUAUACAUUGUUCAGCAUGUUUGAUGAUUUGAUACUUCUAGCGAAGGGUGGCUUGACAGUAUAUCAUGGACCAGUAAAGAAAGUUGAAGAGUACUUUGCUGGCCUUGGGAUUACUGUACCUGAGCGUGCCAAUCCUCCAGAUUACUUCAUAGACAUUUUGGAGGGGAUAGUAAAACCUAGGUCAGGGGUGAACUAUAAGCAGCUUCCAAUUAGAUGGAUGCUUCAUAAUGGCUACCCAGUUCCUAUGGAUAUGCUGCGAAGUGCUGAUGGAAUGGGAGAAUCCUCAAAUGAUUCAACACAUGGAGCACGUUUAAGUGAAGCUGAAUCUGAACAAGAGUCUUUUGCUGGAGAGUUUUGGCAGGAUAUGAAGACUAAUGUGGAGUUGAAGAAAGAUAAUGUAGAAAACAAUUUCUCAGACACAGAAGACUUAUCCAAUCGGAAAACCCCUGAUGUCUUUCAACAGUACAGAUACUUCCUGGGGAGAAUUUGCAAACAGAGACUACGGGAAGCAAGGACACAGGCUGUGGAUUUUUUGAUUUUAUUACUGGCUGGAAUCUGCUUAGGAACAUUAGCUAAAGUGAGCGAUGAAACUUUUGGAGUGAUUGGUUACACAUACACUGUCAUUGCAGUCUCUCUGCUCUGCAAGAUCACAGCUUUGAGAUCAUUUUCUUUGGAUAAGCUACAUUAUUGGAGAGAAAGUGCUUCUGGCAUGAGUAGCUUGGCUUAUUUUCUUGCAAAGGAUACCGUUGAUCAUUUCAACACAGUUGUCAAGCCACUAGUGUACCUAUCAAUGUUCUACUUCUUCAACAAUCCAAGAUCAACAGUCACAGAUAAUUAUGCAGUUUUAAUUUGUCUGGUUUAUUGCGUGACCGGGAUAGCUUAUGCGUUAGCAAUUUUCUUGGAGCCUGGUCCAGCUCAACUGUGGUCAGUGCUUCUUCCAGUUGUUUUGACCUUAAUAGCAACACGGGGUGAAAACAGCAAGUUUGUUAACAAACUAUCUAACUUCUGUUACACUAAAUGGGCAUUGGAAGCAUUUGUCAUAUCAAAUGCUAAAAGAUAUUAUGGUGUAUGGCUGAUAACAAGAUGUGGUUCGCUUAUGGAAAGUGGUUAUGAUCUCAGUCAUUGGUAUCGUUGUUUAAUCUUCCUCAUUGUUUUCGGCUUAGCUGGUCGUAUUAUUGCCUUCAUUAUUAUGGUUACCUUCCAAAAGAAGUAAAUUAAACCUUUCUAUGACUAAUCCUUUCUGUACAAAGUAGAAAAGAUCAAAGCCAGACAUUCUGCUCUUGCAGUAGAAACUUACAUAGGAAUUCAAAAAUACUGAGAAAAAUAUGAUGGAUGGUCCUUGAAGAAGUUGGGGAUUACUUGCAGUCAUGGAAACCUGUGGAAAGGAAUCUCAGAGUAUUUUGAUAUAGAUGACUGCAGCAAUGUAAACCAUGCUAAGAUAAUUCCAUUCGCGCAUGAUGAUUUGUGUAAAGGGAUCAUCGAUUUUUUUCUUUUUCUACCUAUUUUUGUGAACAUCACACAUAUAGGAGUAGGAAUUUAAUGAACAAGGCACGCCAACAGUAGUGUCUCUCUCCAUUUGUGCAUGAUGAUUUGUGUGAAGGGAUCCACACCUUGUUAAUCACAAAAUAUAUACUGCUAAAGAAGAAAAAAAAUGGUAACCAUGUUGUCUCAUU